AACUUAUUACGACAGAUGGCCGGCUCGGGAAGGCGGGAGCUCGGCCCGGAGAGAUCGACCUCCGAAAUGCGCCCGAGAUCGCAUUCUUUCGGCGACGCGGGCGCAUUCCACUGCGCGCCGAGCUGCGCGCUGCGUCAGUCGACGCGCGCCCUUUUGGGGGUUAAGAUGUGUCCGUCGCGGUCGCUCAAAAUGUGGUCCCAGCCACCCGUUCCCGAGCUUGAACCCUUCCGAGAGCGCGCGGCCACGGUCAGCGCCUGGUGCAAAGGCUGCUUCGGCAACCAAGUAGCCAAGAUGGUCCGCGAGCCGGAAUACGGCGUCCGCGUCGAUCCUACGUCCACCCGGCCGGCCGGCUUACGCGUGCGCGACGAACCACAGUACCAAAACUUGGAGGAACUCCGCAAGCGUCCCGAGUACGCUAAUCUAGACGAGAUCAGUCGCGAGUUCGGUUACCGCCUCUGCCCUGAAGGACAGAAUUUAGAGGAUGAGGCGAUCUAUGAAAACAUUUUGUCGGUGCGUCAGAUCCGAUCUGCGGAAGUGAGAUUAGUGCCGGUGUCUGAAGUGCCGUUUUAUGAAGGACAAGGAUAUGUGGCUACGCAGGUCCUGAGCAGGAAUGGGACUUUUCCGCAGUGUCCACCCCACACUUGGAGCCGGCUGCACCAUGCUGUCCGGCACACUGGAUCCUUGAGGGUCUUUACUGCGAAGAAGGAGAUGUACGAUGUGAAAAAGCAGAGGCUGUGUUUGGCGCAAGACGAGUACAAACAUUUGAACAAUGCCCUGUCUACGCUGGCGGCCUCUCGGACGAGCUUAUGCUCAUCCACGACCUCCGUGACGACGACGUCCACCACGUCUCGUCACGACCCGGACCUGCUCCGGUCAGAAGUGACGCAGGCAAGAGGGCGCGUCGCGCAGCUGAGGAAAGAGUUGAGGCAGGCGAGAGCUGAGGUCGCCUGCGCGAGGAGGGGUGUGGAUACGCUUGCUGAAGUGGAACAAAAGCUAAGCGCCCAACAAGGAUGCUACAACAUCACCGAAGCUCAGGCAAUCAUGACUGAGCUUAAAAACAUCCAAAAAUCCCUCACCUCAGGAGAGAAAGAGAGAGCAGACCUCAUGCAAUCCCUAGCCAAACUCAAGGAUGACUUGACGAGAUUACAACUCGGAGAUGCCUCUCCAGACCUUUCAACCUUAAGCCUUCCUCAAGAGAAACUUAGCACUGCCUCACAAACAGACUUAUGCGCAGACCUAGUACCAAUAGGUACACGAUUAGCAGAAAUGGCAAGAGUACGCCUACAAUAUGACGAAGCUAGAAAAAGAAUACAACAGAUCCAACAACAAUUAGCAGAUUUAGAGGACAAAGUCCAACCCGGUCAAGCGGAGUCUGACAAAGACCGCUUGCUACUAUUCCAAGAGAAAGAACAGCUACUUAGAGAACUUAGAAGUAUAACCCCUAGAACACGAUCCAAACAGGAAAUGACUGACAUACAAAUUGAGUGUAAAAGAUUAGAGCAGGACUUGAAAAAUGCCUUUGAGAUGUCAAAUAAGUGUAUAGCGGAUCGGUUGAGGCUACAUGAAGAAAAACAACUGCUGCUUCAACAACUAAAAGAUGCUCUAACGUCAAUGACGACUUUGGAAGGGCAGUUGAAGACUUUAUCAGCAAGUACACUGUCGGUUUCGAGUAGUUCGAGCCUCGGGUCUCUUUCUACGGCCAGUAGCAAAGGAUCUUUGAGCUCUGGAAUCAGUUUUACUGAUAUAUAUGGGGGUUCGCAGAUCGCUAGCUCAUUCCAGGCAGAUAAGCCUAUUGAUAUGGUUGACCUGCAUAGAAGAGUUGAGAGAUUACUCCGCGGAUCAAGCUACACGGCCGAAAGCGCGACGCCCGGAGCCGGCAGCGGCUCCCAACCCUCGCUCUCACCACGCAGCAGCCUCUCCUCCGCCAGCCCUCCACCCCCUCCCCCGUCAUACAGCCAGGUGGAGAUGCAGAGGCGCCAACAGAGGGAGCUGGAGGAAAAGCUAGCGGAGAUGAGGAUAGGCGUCGCUGGACUUAAUGAGAUCACAGGCCUUGCGACAAUACCAGUACAACUGCAAGGCCCGGGCCGGCCUUGUGAGCCGCUGUCGCCAAUAUCAGAGACUCCGCCACCGCCGCUCUCGCCCAGGACUCCCUCUUCUAGUGGUACAAACACUAGAUCAGUGUCGGCAGCAGUAAGCGACGAGUCGGUGGCUGGAGAUUCUGGUGUGUUUGAGGCGGCGCAAGCAGGUGAUGCCAGCGCAGUGAACAGUACGCAAAUUGAAAUCAAAUUGCGCUACUGUAUUGAGGACAGCGCGCUGGAGAUCAGCAUACUGCGGGCACGGAACCUCAAUGCACUUUUCAUUGAUGUUGGCACUGAAGUUGCGGUGCUAGGCGCUUUAGUAAUCGGCGGUGGAACGUGCGGCAUCACGUUCAGCAGCGCGUCACUGCCGUGGCGCGGCACUACGCUUGCGUGGCGUCACGUGGCGAGAGCCAGUGUGGCGGGCACCCGCGCUCUAAGGGCUGCCACGUUGCAAGUCAAUCUCGUGUGCCGGGCUGAAUGCUUGGGUUGCGCCCAAGUGAGUCUAGCGGAUUUCGACCCCGACGCGGUGUCCCAGAAAUGGUACAACGUGUUGAGCUUCAGAUGUAUGAGGAGAGAUGAGAGCUCGGAUGAAUCCACGGUUAUAUCUUCGCAGACUUCUACUCUCACUAGGAAUAGAGGUCCAGAGAGUAUGACCGGUGCGGAGUGCAACGUGGAUUGCGGAGAAAACUCAGCCUCUGAAGAUGAGGAGUCUAGGGAACCGCUCAAUCAGAUAGUAGAAGAGGAUUCCCUAGAAGACUACAUUCCUGAAGACGAGCUAGCGUUAGAAGAGGAGUACCUACACCCGUCCACGGCCGAGAAAGAGACGAACACUGAGUGCAAUUUCUGUCCGGAGGGAGCGAGACAGCUGCAUAGGAGAAAAAGUCCACAAGUAAGCGCCACUCUGGAGGAGCCACUGGCAACGAUCAAGAGGUCUCAGACCUUCUCGCCGCAGCCGCAAAGCAUCGGCAACAGGCAGUAUAUUUGCAGACUAAACCGCUCGGAAUCUGACUCAUCUAUGGCGUCCCGAGCUCGUCGCGCCGCCCCCCCGCCCACCGCCGGCAUCCCCUUCGACCGCAGCGUGCGCGAGCGCCGCUCUCUCAGAUGGGGCCGCGUGGCAGGCGGCGCGGCGCGGCGCACGCGCACGCGCAGUGCACGCACGUCGCUAGAUCUCGCUCUGGAUCUCAGCGCACAAAACACCAAGCUCGCUGACCUGAGGACCGAGAUCGCCCAUCUGAGCCAGCUUAAAAGGAGACUGGAAGAGGCUUGCGCCCGCGGCGACCCGGCCAUCGCGUCGUGGGUGGCGGAGGACGACACGCUGCGCCGCCUCGUGGCGCCCGCCGAGCCCGGCGAGCGCGCCGCCAAGCUGCUGCACCGCACGUGCCGCGAGAUCUACCGGCUCAGGAAGUCGCGCCAGGGCGGCCGUCGGCCCGACCUCGUCACCUUCAAAGAAAAAAUGGCCUUCUUCACCCGCCCGAAAUCAACCGUGCCGGUCCUAGACGGGGAAGCCGAAGAGAUCUCAGAGGACGAGUGGGAAGACGAGCUGGAAGAACGCCGCACCCCCGACGGACGCUCCUCCAAGACCUCUUACGAACUCCGUCGAGACCAUCGUUGCAACGAAGUGAGGGAAGAAAAAACGGAAAAAUUGGAAGAAGCGGCGAAAGACACUGAAGAAGUAGUCGAAUGCAAGAACCCCUGCCUGAAACGGCUAGAAGCGGUCCAGGACCAGGAAAAGACUGAAGAAGAUAGGUAUGAAUUUGUUGUAGAUCGAGUUUUAGGUGUUCAAGUCUGAAUGUAUGGAUCGGUAAGUGUAUAUUGAUUUAGACGGUCCAGAAUGGAUGUGUUUUUAAGAGUGACCCCACAGUAGCGUCUGUCGAGCGUCUGCGUCUAGUCAUCUAUAUGGGUGCUGCUCGACGCAACGUUGGCGCAACUGCGCAGCGACGCCAUUUUCCAUAGCGCUGACUAGAUGCCGACGCUCUAAAGACGCUAGUGUGUGGUGGCGUUGAGGGUAUUCAAAUUCGUAUUAUUUAAUGCAACGUUUAAAUUAUUUCAAAAUGGAUUUUAUGGUUGCAUUAAAUAAUCAGUUGAGCCUUGAGUUAUAGGAAAGAUCUUCGAAAGUUAGGGCACCAUAUAAAAAUAAUAAUAUUGCAAAUUUGUUCUGUGAUUAAUAUUGCCUAUUGAGAUUUCUGGAAUGAAGACUGACGAAAGAUAAGCUAUUAUGUAUUAUUAUUGGAAAUCUAAUUAUAUAUAAACAAACAUAUGCGUUUGUCCACAUGAAAAGUGGCUUUAAGUUUGCACUGUAAUGUCUUUCGCCAUAGGGACGGACACACAUUUCUAAAUAAUAUCGUGCAAAGUAGAGUGCCAUACAGAUGAAUCUUGAAGAAAAUAUGUAUGUAUAAUUCCUAUACCUUUAGAUUCCAUUGGUAUAAAAGGAAAUAAGUUAAUGUAUUUUACAUCAAUAGAGUCUAAUCGUAUGUAUAUUUAAAUGGACCUUAUGUAUUGUACAAAAUCGUGCCUUAUUAUUGGUGCCUUGGGAGACUUGUGCCAUAGAAAGGCAUUGUGGGGGUACAAAUAGUUGUAUGGAGAGUCACAAAAUAUAUGCCAAACAUUUUAAUGUAAUUAGACGGUAUACGGCGGUUAUGCGACUAUUUCAUUUUGUAAAUACGUAAUGUCUUGAAGCGACGGCCCACCGAAAUAGUUUGCUGACUAUUGAAUGAUAUAGGUAGUUUUCCACCGAAAUAUACACAGUGGAUGAUUAGAAGUAGGGGUUAUUCGUGCUUGCGUGACAGAUUCUUACAUUUAUUGCACUCAAAUGGUGGUUUAUAAUUAUAACCUACUUUUCUUUGUUCACUAUGUAAUAUGAUUUGAUAGGCCAAAAAUGCUUUUGUAAAUACAGGCUGCAUAUUUGUUAACAUUUCGCUUCCCUUGGUUUAAAUGCUGCAGUGAAAAGUUUGGACAGACGUACCUUUAAUUUUAUAAAUGAGAAACAUUUCAGUUUUAUUUUGAAAUCUAAAACAUACAUUGCCAUUUGAGAAUUAAUUUGUAACAGAUAAAGGGCGUCCGCUGACGUGGGCGGGUGCACGGAGCGGGGCGCACGCACGUGAGUGCCAUUUUAGGUAAAAUCCGGCACAGUGAGCGUUGCUCAUAUUAUUUCUCUCGCCCGUUUCGUGCAACCGCGCCAGCUACCGGAUGCCCCUUAAACUUAAUUAUUUAUUAAUGUAAUUUUGUUUUAACAAGAGAAGCGAUUUGUCUUUGGAACUUGCCGAGUGGACGCGUUUCUACGUGCAAUAUUGAACGUAAAUUUUAUAUUUUAUUUUAUUCCACUUUUUAUUUUAUACUGAGAUCUGACUCACACUGAGCGUUUUUAUUUAAAUUAAAUUUUAAACUUGAAAUUGAAACGUAGAUUAUUGUAAUUUAUCAAUUAGGUAACUUACUUUUAUUUGUACAUUUUGUAUUAUAGUAGUUGUAAUUUUGUAAAUAGUCUGAGAGUAAAUACUUCAAGAAUUUGCAUAUCUGUAUUUAGUGGUUUAUGAAAUAUAAUUUUAAUUGUUAGCAAUAUUAUUCGAUGUUAAGUAUUUUUUAUAACAUUAGUCUUCUAGAUCUAGUAGUAAUGUAAUUAUUACAUUUUUGUAAAAAAUGUAUAUUUUAUAUAAACAUUUACGCGGAGUUUUAUACAUACUUUUGUAUUUGUUACGCAGGUGAAUUUGGAUUUGCCAAAUUAACAUAAUUAAGUCUUGUUUUAAUUCUUCCAUUACAGAAAGGGUUGAUUAUAUUUUGUAGAAGCUGACGCAGGUCGAUAUCGGAAGUGAAAAUAUAAAUGAUAAAUUAAUA